UUGUUCUGUCAUGCUCUAUCUAUAGAGGCUGCUCCAGCCUACUGUCAUGCCUGAUUAUCUCUGCGGACUUUAAGGUUCCGUCGAUUAGAAUGAUGAGAGAAAGCUCGCUUCACAUCCAAAAUGUCGUCAAUGACUCAUCUGUUUGUUUGAAGUGGUGCCCCUGGCAAUCCGGCCUAAACCAAACGCAACACUGCAUUCCGAACGGACCAAUCGCAGCGCCUCAUACUGUAUGCGCCAUGGAAGUCUGGAAACCUUGAUGUCCUAGCUGUAUAGGCUGAGUCUUCCUGCUCCAGCUCGAAACGUUGGGAUCAUCGAGCCGAUUUGUCGAAUUAGCCUGAUUGUUCAGCAGCGCUCAGUGCCCUUCUCAGCUACACCUCUCUCGAGUAAUUC